GGGUUUCUUCUAGCGCGAAAUCAGGGUCUCGCCUAGGCUGGGUCUAGGUUGCAUUUGGAAUCGUGGAGAUGCGGAAGGAGACCCCACCCCCGCUCGUGCCCCCCGCGGCCCGCGAGUGGAACUUGCCCCCUAAUGCACCAGCCUGCAUGGAACGGCAGUUGGAGGCUGCACGGUACCGGUCUGAUGGUUCCCUUUUGCUCGGGGCCUCCAGUCUGAGUGGUCGCUGCUGGGCCGGUUCUUUGUGGUUUUUCAAAGAUGCGAGUGUGGCCCCCAACGAAGGUUUCUGCUCUGCUGGUGUCCAGACGGAGGCAGGAGUAGCUGACCUCACUUGGGUGGGAGACAAAGGUAUCCUAGUUGCUUCUGAUUCAGGUGCUGUUGAGUUGUGGGAGCUAGAUGAAAACGAGACACUUAUUGUCAGCCAGUUCUGCAAGUAUGAGCAUGACGACAUUGUGUCCACUGUCGCCGUCCUGAGCUCCGGCACACAAGCUGUCAGUGGCAGCAAAGACUUGUGCAUCAAAAUUUGGGACCUGGCUCAGCAGAUGUCACUGAAUUCAUACCGGGCUCAUGCAGGACAGGUCACCUGUGUUGCUGCCUCUCCCCACAAAGACUCUGUGUUCCUUUCAUGUAGUGAGGACAGUAGAAUUUUACUCUGGGAUACCCGCUGCCCCAAGCCAGCAUCACAGUUAGGCUGCAAUGCCUCUGGCUACCUCCCUACCUCCCUGGCUUGGCAUCCUCAGCAGAGUGAAGUCUUUGUCUUUGGCGAUGAGAAUGGAUCUGUCUCCUUUGUGGACACCAAGAACGCAAGCUGUACCCUCAGCUCAGCUGUGCACUCCCAGGGUGUCACUAGACUGGUAUUCUCUCCACACAGUGUUCCCCUUUUGGCCUCUCUCAGCGAAGACUGCUCACUCGCUGUGCUGGAUUCAAACCUUUCUGAGGUGUUUAGAAGUCGAGCACACAGAGACUUUGUAAGAGAUGCUACGUGGUCUCCACUCAAUCACUCCCUUGUUACCACAGUUGGCUGGGACCAUCAGGUCAUCCACCAUGUUGUGCCCUUGGAGCCUCUCUCAGCCCCUGGACCUGAGCGUGUUGUGGAGUAGAAUGGAUUUCAGAAAAAACAGCAAGUCCUCCACCUGCAAGAGUCUACUUGCUUGCCCCUGCCUUCCAUUUAGGAGAGCACAGGAGCCCUGUAGAGCAUGUUUACUCCCUAGUCCCGUGCAGUAAGUAGGCAGAUUCUCAGCCUGAGGGAGGCUGCAUCCCCUAGUGACUAGGAGGAAAACCUUCCUUUAUAAAUGGAUGUGUGUGUGUG